CUUCUCUCAUCCAAACGAGUCUUCUUUUCUGACCGACUUUGUCAAAUCUCAACACUCAGCUUCAAAACUAAAGUCUUCCCAAAAUGAGAUCUCAAUUCAUUUCUACCGUGGCCUUAGUAAGUGCAACAGUUGCUCAAGGUUAGACUUCACUUUCAGAUGAAACUUGUGAAUGUUUGCUUAUUAUCAUGACCAGGGUUCAAAUUUGUUCGGCUCAACAAAACCGAUGCAGUAAGUGGCCAAAAUUUGUUUAUUCUUUUCUAAAUACUAACCUAACUACUAAGGCACUCCUUGUUGUUGACCACCAGAUUGGUCUCGCUCAAAUUGUUCGCGACAUUGAGCCAGCAGCAUUUAGACAAAAUAUACUCGCCCACGCUGCUCUUGGAAACCUCUUCAAUCUACCAACAAUCUUAACUACUUCAGCAGAGACUGGUAUGCCUACCACCUUAAUUCCAUCUUCUGUCUGCUUACUAACCUGAUGUAGGACCAAAUGGACAACUCCCACAAGAAAUCAUUGAUGUGAGAAAUGGCGUCUAGCUUAAAGCUGAACUUCCAACUAAUAAGAGUAGAUGCACCCAAAUGCCCCAUUCAUUAGAAGAAACGGGGAGGUCGACGCUUGGGAUAAUCCAGAAUUUAAAGCCGCAGUCAAAGCCACAGGGAAAAGCCAAAUGAUCAUCGCUGGAAUUACAACUGAAGUUUGUAAGUAACCUCAUAAAACCUCUCCAGAAGUUCAAUUUCCCAACAAGGUUUCUCAAAUAGGCACCUCUUUCCUUGCUCUAUCUCUUAUCGAGGAAGGAUACGAAGUCUUCGCCAACACCGACGCCUCGGGCACAUUCAGUGAUAAGAUCGCCGCAGAUGCGAACCGAAGAAUGGAGAGCGCUGGUGUUCAACUCAUGGGAAUGUUUGGCAUUGCUAUGGAUUUGAUGAGAGACUGGAGAAAUACUCCUGGUACUGCGGAGGUGCUUCCUUUCAUGGACAAGUGAGUUUCUAAUCUGAGGCUUGAGGGAGAGAAAGUGCUGACUUUUAUUAGAUACUUGAUUCCUUAUGGACUGGUUGCUCGUGCUCAUGGAAAUGCCAUUACUAAUGGAACUAUUGUUCCUGGCGAGGCACAGAUUAUCUAGUACUUGUGAAUUGAAAGCAAGAGAACUGGUGCCUUGGGAGAAGAUAAGGAAGGAAAUUUUGAGAUCAUACGAGGGGGAUAGUAAUAGACAUAUAGGCAACAUAGACUUUUGGCGAGACAGACCUGGGCAUCGAUAUAUCGAUGCCAUAUCGGGGGGGUACUCGAUAUAUAUCGUAUCGGAAAUAUAUAGACGAUACGAUAUCGCCAAGAAUCCGAUAAUCGAUAUAAUAUCGAUUAUCUGACACGUGAC